UCGUCGCAGCGAUUUAGCCGUGAAUUUUAUUAAAUUUAUCAAUAAUAUCACAAAUAGUAUAAGGGAAUCGUUGUUUUUUGAUUAUUUCUCUAAGUGCAAUGUUAUUUUAGUUAUAUUUCGCGUAAACGGAGCACGCCAUGUUGUUGAAGACGUAGCCCGAGGCACAAUGCCAUUUUAUGAUUUUAUAGUUUUAUUAUAAUAUUGAAUGUGGUUCCGAUAAAGUUAUGACGUGUUCUAGUGCAUUUUAAGUGUAAUUAUAAAGAGCUGUCGCAGCAAAAACCGCCGCAAUGGAGUUACCGCCGCCCCUGUACCCGCAACCAAAGCUGGAGGAAGGUAUGUACAUUCCCCGAAUGGACGGUCCCUUCAUCGUCCCGAAACCAGAAAACCUUUCGUACCAGACCAUGCCCGAGAACUACUCCAUACCGCCGAACUACCCCCCACCAACGGACGACUACACGGAGAGUAAAGUAGAGAUGGAGGAGCCGAAGAUAGAGGAAGGGCAGAUAGAUCACACGAUACCCAGACCGGGUCCGAUGCCAAACCGACCUCCACCAAAGUUCAUAAGCGUGAACAGCGACGAGCUGAACCCGGAACAGCGGGCGAUGUACGAAUCUGUCCUGUCCACGUGGAAACCCGUGAUGUUUCCAAAAAGGAUUAAGCGCUAUAUAUGCCAGAAGUGCAACAAGGAGUUCAAGAAUUACCAAAACCUCUACCUCCACACCACAAGGGUGCACUCCUCCGAAGAGUCAGCAGUGCUAUGCGACAUUUGCGACAAGACAUUCAAGAACAAACACUAUCUAUACAUGCAUCGAAUGAACAAACAUUAUUCGGAGACUGAGAAGUGCUACUGCCAGUUCUGCCUCCAGGAGUUCCGCACGCGGAGGGCGUUGCACAUGCACGUCAAACGUAUUCAUCCAAACACGCUGCCAGAAAUAAAGUGUCCGGACUGCGGGAAGGAGUUCUCUGUACCGUACAAGCUGCGUUAUCACAUAGAGAACUGCCACCGGCCGGAGAAAGAGAAGCACAAGUGUCACAUAUGCCAGAAGCUGUACAAAAGCCACUUAAACCUGAACCGCCACUUACACUUCCAGCACUCGCAGGUCGAGAGACACCCGUGUGUGUUCUGCCCGAUGACGUUCAAGUCGCGCCACCAUAUGAAGCGACAUAUCCUGAACAUACAUCCGCCCUUGGAGUCGAAAGUGACGUGCCCCGAAUGCCUGAAGGAGUUCAAGAACGACCAGUACUUAAAGGAACACAUGCAGGUUCACACAUCGUUCGACAAGAAGAUAAAAUGCGAGCUGUGCGACAAGUACUUCCACUCGGCUGUGCGUUUGAAGAAGCACAAAAAGAUCGUGCACCCGGACAAGCCGAAGAUACGCUGCGAGAAGUGUGACAAGGAGUUUGCGCACGCGCAUUAUCUGAGGCGCCACAACAACUCGGUGCACGUCGAGGUUGACGAGAGCAACUACGCGCACGAGUGCGACCAGUGCGGGAAGAAGUUUAAGAUAAAGAGGUAUCUGAACAACCACUUGCAGAGACACGAGCAGCAACAUCUCAAACGCAUAUCGCAGAUGGUGAAGACCGUUAUGGAUGACGGAGACACCUCCAAGAAGGUGGGCGCUAGAAGGGGGCGACCGCGUCGUGCCCGGAAAGAGAUUGAGUUUAUAAAAUGCGAGCCGGUCUCGAGUUCCGAGGAAGAAGAGACGGAUGAAACUGAAUCGGAUUCGGAGUGAGGGUUUAUGUAAUUUUAAUUAAAGAAACACUUUUAACACGCCACGCGGUCCAUGUCGAAUCUGGCGCCCAAAAUCUGCUGUUCCAAAUGUCUCUCAGUGGUCGUUCAAUGACAAAUAGUAAACUUUUAUUGACAGUAUAAAUACCUAACUUAAUAUUGUAAAUGAGAAUGCGUUGGUUUGUUUAUCCAACUGAGCAACCAAUUGAGUUGAUUUUUGGCAUUGAGCUAGUUGAAUAGACGGAGAGUAACGUAGGCUACUUUUUAUUCCAGGGAAUCGAACGGUUUUUCUGACAAUUGUUAAAAACCGUAAAAACGCGGGCAAAAGCUCGUCGUAACUAAUUUUGUGAAUGAUGACAGUUUGUUAGUUUGUUUGUCCUUCAAGCUCUUACUUAGUAAACAAUUAACUUGAUUUUUGGCAUUCAGUUAGCUGAAUAGACGAAGAGUAACGUAGGCUACUUUUUAUUCCAGGGAAUCGAACGGUUCCCA